GGUUACGUAAAAAAAUGGUCUAAAUCAACUUGCAGGUCAAUGGAAUGGGAUCCUUUUGAAUUCCAGCCAGCCAAAGCCUGCCGGCACUAAAUGGGGGCUCCUUGUCCUUGGAGACUGGAGUAGAGGGUAGAUAGGGAGAACUGAAUGAUGUCGGCGUUAGGUGAGAAUUGAUUAAGUGGCCUCCUUCUUGCAAGGGUUACCGCACGCCCACGCAGUUUGAUACUUUGCUUUACUGAAUUGCUGCCGCUGCCGCAACGGCACCGAUCGAGUAGAAGAAGAAGAAAUGGGGAGUGAGUUCGAGUUGACUGGGUUCGAACAAGGGGUUUUGGAGACCUUGAAGAGGUGCCAGCAGCGAAAUGAAAACACUCUGCUCUGGGCACUGGAAGUGACUAAAUGCGUAAGGUCGUGGGGUAUAGGGCUUCCCUGCGCCGAGUUGGGCCAAGUCUUGGUCUCCCAUCUCUGCUUUGACAACAAUCACUCAUCCCUUUGGAAGUUCAUGGAGCAAGCUCUUUCCUCUGGCCUCAUCUACCCACUUCAAGUCCUAUCCCUCCUCACGUCCAGGGUACUUCCUCAUCGCCGCUCUCAACCAAAGGCGUAUAGACUCUAUCUUGAACUUCUUAGUCGAUAUGCGCUUUCGUUUAAUCCAGUGAUGGCAGAUGCCUGCAAAGAGAAGAUAAUAAAAUCUGUUGAUGUUGCCCUUCAACUGUCUCAGACAUAUAGGGUCCAUAUUCUGGAGCUUGGACAUGCCUUCGUGCUGUUCUUUUUCAGUAUUGUCGUUGGUUUGAUUGAUAGCACAUUGGACGAUUGGGGUUUACAUAUGACACCUACAGACAGACCAAGUUUUGCAGUUGGAAGCGCAGACCUCCUUGAUAUGGACAUAGAUUUUAAAGGGAGCCACAAUUUCAGAGGAAAUGAACAUCAUGAACAUAUAAGGAGGUCGAAUUCUUUUAUGGCCUUGGACGUGGUGGAAAAACUAACAGAAAGCAGAAAAGCUAUGGUUAUACUCCGCCUUGUUCACUUGAACAUGCCUGAGAAGUUCAAUGGCCUCCUGCAGAGGCUGUGGUUCCUUGAGGCCAAUGAAUUGGUAUCCCCAGAUCUGAAUUCUGCAAAUCAAUUAUUGGCAAAAUUAUCUGCCAACAUUCACAGAGUGUUGGGCUUUCAGUACCAGUUAGACAAGCGCCAUAUAAUUGGGAUGCUUGUUGAUAUCCCGUCAUGUAAGCCAGCGCCUUGCUUCCAUUCGGGAUUUAGUCGGUCUGCUUGCUGGGUUCCUUUUGAUAUUUACAUGGAGAAUACAAUGGAUGGGAAACAACUUCCUAUCAAGUCUGCUGUGGAUGUAUUGACAGAGGCAAUUAAGACUCUCCAAGUAUUUAACCAGGCAAGCUGGCAAGAAACCUUCCUGGCGCUUUGGCUUUCAGCCCUUCGGCUUGUGCAACGAGAACGUAAUCCUCCAGAAGGUCCGGUUCCAGGUCUUGAGGCUCGUCUUUCUGUCCUUCUGUCUAUCGUCCCCUUGGCAAUUGCUAAUGUUUUGGAGGAUGAGGCCAAACUGUGUUGCUCUUCUAUUCCAGGAGCUACUGCUACUGGAUAUGUUGAAUCUGGGUGUAGGCAUAAAAUGAAUGGGAAGCAUCGUGCUUCAAGGAAAGAUGGGCUGAUUUCCUCUCUCCAGGUUCUUGGACACUUCUCUGGCCUGCUAUGCCCUCCGUUAUCUGUCAUUAGUGAAGCUAAUAAUGCAGCUAGAAAAGCAGCUAGCUUCAUUACUAAUGCCAAGAACGAAAGGGAUGGUAUAGGUGGAGGCAGUCAUGUUGAUACUUCUAUAAAAGCAGGGGGCAACAUGAGGCACCUCAUAGUGGAAGCUUGCAUUGCAAGAAGUUUAAUUGACACAUCAGCAUAUGUUUGGCCUUGUUAUGUGUCUGCAUCAAUAAUUUCACUGUCAGAUUCAUCAUCAAUUGAAAAAUCUCCUUGGUUAAUAUUUAUGGAAGGAGCACCAUUAAAUGGUUCUCUAAUAAAUUCUCUUAUCACGACUCCUGCUUCGAGUUUAGCGGAGAUAGAGAAAUUAUAUUAUAUAGCAAUAAAUGGAUCAGAGGAGGAGAACUCUGUAGCUGCAAAGAUUCUAUGUGGUGCAUCUCUCUCCCGUGGAUGGAACAUUCAGGAACAUGUGGUGCGAUUUGUGGUCAAGCUUCUUUCUCCUCCAGCUCCUCCUAGUUAUACUGGACCAGGGAGUCACUUAGUUGAUUAUAUGUCCAUGUUGUAUGCUCUUCUUUUGGGAGCUUCCUCUGUUGAUACUGUUCAUAUACUUUCUUUGCAUGGUGCGGUCCCUGAAGUUGCAGCUUCAUUAAUGCCACUUUGUGAGGCCUUUGGCUCAGUAAAACCCUCAUCAAGUAACAAGUCAAGCAAAGGUGACGAGCCCUCGAUUCACAUGGUCUUUUCUUUAGCAUUUCUGUAUCUUCUUCGUCUAUGGAAAUUCUACAGAGCCCCUCUUGAGCAGUGCAUUUCAGAGCGAGGAAUAGUAGGAGUUCAGGGUGAGGUCACUUUGGAGUAUCUUUUAUUAUUGCGCAAUAGCAGCAUUGCCUCUUGCCAGGUCGAAACAAAUAGCAAUCCAAACGAGUCUGAGUCAGCAUCAGGAAAGCCUAUAUAUAUUGAUUCUUAUCCCAAAUUACGAGCCUGGUAUUGUCAAAACAAAUCUUGUAUAGCUUCAACCCUUGCUGGCCUCUCCAGCGGAAAUCCUGUUCAUCAAGUUGCUAAUAAGAUUUUGAGUAUGAUUUACUGGAAAAUGACUAAAGGUGUCACCUCAGCUAGUAACUCUUCAACACUAACAAGCAGCAGCACAGGCAGCUCCCCUGCAAGUACUGGAGAAGAUGAUUAUCAAAGACCUAUGCUCCCUGCAUGGGAGGUGUUGGAAUCUAUUCCGUUUGUUCUUGAGGCAAUUUUAACUGCUUGUGCCCAUGGAAGGCUUUCAUCUCGGGAUUUGACAACAGGCCUGAGAGACCUUGUUGAUUUUCUUCCUGCAUCUCUUGCUGCUAUUGUUAGUUACUUCUCUGCAGAAGUUACUCGUGGUAUAUGGAGACCUGUUCCAAUGAAUGGAAAAGAUUGGCCCAGUCCAGCAGCAAUCCUUCCGUCAGUACAGUCUGAAAUAAAAACCAUACUUGCUGCUGUGGGUGUUGAUCUUCCAAGCUGUUCCACUGGAAAUUCACUUAUAAUGCUUCCACUGCCUAUGGCAGCGCUUGUCAGUUUAACCAUUACUUUUAAACUUGAAAAGAGUCUGGAAUACAUCCAUUCGGUUGCUGGGCUGGCUUUGGAGCACUGUGCAUCAAGCUGCCCUUGGCCUGGCAUGCAUAUAAUUGGAUCUCUAUGGGCUCAAAAGGUCCGACGCUGGCAUGACUUCAUUGUUGUAACAUCAUCUCGUUCUAUCUUCAGGCAAAACAAAGAAGCUGUUGCCCAGCUCCUGAAAAGUUGCUUCUCCUCAUUCCUUGGAUCAUUUGACAUCUCAACUUUUUCAUUGAACAAUCAAAGCAGCGUUAAUGGUCUGUUGGGAAGCUCUAUUUCUGCUCGUGGUGUUUGCUCUUCUGUAGCACCUGGAUUUCUAUACCUCCGCUCCUGUCGGACAAUACAGAAUGUAGACUACGUAAAUGAUAUUAUAGUAGGACUCGUAGCUGAACAUGCUCGGGAAUUAGCUGCCAGAUGGGCAAGCACAGACUCCCCUCGGUUGAAGUCUAGUCAAGCAUCAUUAUCCAUGGCCACUACUAGGGCAAGGGAGGUGGCCUCACUAGGAGCAAGCCUUUUAUGUGUCACGGGUGGAGCGCCCCUGGUCCAAGAACUGUUCAGGAAUACCAUUCCAACCUGGCUGCUAUCGUCAAGGGAAGAGAAACUUCACAAGGUGAGUGCUGUGUCCCGUAUAGUAGAGGGGUACGCCAUGGCAUAUCUGUUGAUUUUGUCAGGGGCAAUUUUAUGGGGUGUUGAGGCGAAACCGGCAUCAUUGGCGUUCGCUAGAAGGGCCCGUAUUGUUGGGGCUCAUAUGGACUUUUUGGCGGGGGUAUUGGAGGGAAACAUAUCACUUGCUUGUGAUCCUGCUACUUGGAAAGCUUAUCUGUCUUGUUUAGUAGGCUUAAUGGUGCGCUUCACUCCAGCAUGGAUUCAAGAAGUGAAGCUGGAGACGUUGAGGAAAUUGGCCGGUGGAUUGAGAGGAUGGCAUGAGUGCGAGCUGGCCCUUUCUCUGCUUGAAAGAGGUGGGACUGCAGCCAUAGGAUCUGUUGCCGAAUUAGUGAAUGUAAUUAAUUAGUUCUGUGGGUAUGUAGGAUCUGUUUAAUGUAAACAGAAGAGUUGUAAAAGCAAUAUAAAAGGUCCUCGAUCUAUGAGUACCAUUACAAAAUACUCUUGCCUUUCUGUUUCCAUCUGUUAGCAUGUAGGUUUUCUUCUUGUUUCUACGAGUGGCCAAGUUUUUAGCCAUCUUAGAAAAUCUUGAAGGGACAAGCUGGGCCACUCAGGUUCCAGGGGGCGAAAGAUCCUGAAAGAAGGCAAAGGAUGAUUGAUUUUA